CGUGCUCAUUACUUAUUGAAUAGCAUUGACAUGGAAAAUAAUAAAUAGAAAACUUUUUAUUUUUAUAUUUUCUAAAAAAGAUAUAAACACACUUUAGACAGUUUUAUUCUACGAAAAUGGCCCUAGAACAGCACGCUCAUCGUUCUGGACCAUUAAAACAGACAAACAAAGCUCAUAAAACUGGAAGACAUCGUUCAAAAGGUGCCAUAGAUAAAGAGUUGAAAGGUAAAGUUUCUCUAAAAGCUAUAACUCGUAAACAUAAACAACAGCAAAGAAAGGAACAAAGACGCAAUCAAGCAAAUCAGAUUCGUAAAAAUAAAAGAGAAGAAGCUCUUAACCAAAAACGUCAAUUAGGUGGCAUUGAAACUGCACCAUUUCUAGUAUGCAUUCUACCUUUGCACUCUCAAAUCGAUCCAAAAUCGGCUCUUACUAUAUUAGAAUGUUGCGAUGAUGAUGCAAUUAUUGAAAAAUCCCUACAAGAAAUAACAUAUAUCACUUCACCGCGUUUCAAACAAAGAUUUUCUUUCAUAAUUCCGCCAGUUGGAAAAGGAAAUGAGAUUGAAAUAUUGGAUUUUUUAAAAGUAUGUGACACUGUUUUAUUGCUUACAUCGGCUGCAAUGGGAGAAGAUGAUAUUAUGGAUAGAUGGGGUACCAAAAUAUUUAAUAUGAUAAGUGCUCAAGGUAUUCCAACUCCUAUAGUUGCUUUAAUGGAUUUAGAAUCAAUUAACCCUAAAAGAAGACAAUCGGCUAAAACCGCGGUACAAAAGUUCGUUAACGCAAAAUUAUUACCUGAUGAAAAAAUUAUGCAAUUGGAUUCAAAUGCUGAAGGAAUAAAUGUUUUAAGAAAAAUUGGUCAACAAAAGAAAAAUGUUUUGCUAAAUAAAGCAAAUCGGCCUCAUUUAUUUGCAGAAAAAGUAUAUUUUUCUCCAAAAGAAGCCCCAUCAGACGACACUGGUACAUUAGAGGUGACUGGAUUUUUACGUGGAGUUCCACUUGAUGUUAAUGGUUUAGUUCAUAUUCCUGGUUUAGGUGAUUUCCAAAUGAGCCAUAUUUUAUCUAAUCCAGAUCCAUACAAUGAUAAAAAUCUAAACAAAAAUGAAAUAAAAAUCGUCGCAAAAGCAGAUCCUAUGAAGCAAACAAGUUUAAAAAGGGAAAAUAUUCCGGAUGAAAUGGAUGCUGAGCAAACGUGGCCUACGGAAGAGGAAAUCGAAAUGGCGAACGAGGAAACUAAAAAAAUGAAGAAAGUUAUAAAACGAGUACCAAAAGGGAUGAGUGAUUAUCAAGCUUGUUGGAUACCAGAUGUAGAAGAAAUUGAUGACGAUAAUGAUGAAGAUGAAUCUGAAGAUAAUGAAGAUUUCAUGUCAUGUGAAUCAGACGAAAAUUCGGAUGAUUUAAUGGAAGAUGCGGUAACCGAAACUGGCGAAGACGAGCAAUGUGAUAUUGUGUCUGUAUCUGAAGCGCCACUCAAUGACGAAAAGUAUGAUCAACAGAUGGAUUUACAAGAAGAACGUGAAACAUUGGAAAAAAUAAAAGAAGCACGUGUUGAUGAGAUGUUUCCUGAUGAAAUAGAUACCCCAUUUGAUGUACCUGCUAGAGAAAGAUUCCAAAAAUAUCGCGGAUUGGAAUCAUUUCGUACAUCACCCUGGGAUGUAAAAGAAAAUUUACCUAGCGAUUACGCAAGAAUUUAUCAAUUCAAAAAUUUUGAUAGAACAAAACGACGAAUCAUAUCUGAAGCAGCAGAUAUAGAUGGUGUUAUGCCGGGUUGGUACAUUACUAUAUUUAUUAGAAACAUUAAUGUUGAAAUUUGGAAAAAAUUUAUGUCUGCGCGUAAAAGUAAAGCUUUAGUAGUUUACGGAAUCUUACCUCAUGAACAUCAAAUGUCAGUAAUGAACGUGCUUUUAAAGCGGAUCCCAGACUCAGAAAUUCCUAUAAAAUCGAAAGAGCGAAUGAUAAUACAAUGUGGUUAUAGAAGAUUUAUUGUCAAUCCUAUUUUUAGUCAACAUACUAAUGGAGACAAACAUAAGUAUGAAAGGUAUUUCCGACCUCACUCUAUAGCAGUAGCUACAUUCUUUGCGCCAAUUCAAUUCCCUCCAGCUCCAGUUUUAUGCUUUAAAGAGAACCCUGAUUCUUCUCUAGGAUUAAUUGCUAAGGGAAAUGUAUUAUCUUGUAAUCCUGAUAGAAUUGUGUUAAAACGUAUCGUGCUAAGCGGACAUCCGAUGCGAAUACACCGUAAGUCAGCGACAAUUAGAUACAUGUUUUACAAUAAAGAAGAUGUGGAAUAUUUCAAACCGAUUAAACUACGUACAAAAUGCGGACGUGUAGGGCAUAUUAAAGAAUCAUUGGGAACUCAUGGUCAUAUGAAGUGCAUUUUUGAUGGACAAUUAAGAUCAUAUGAUACGGUAUUUUUGUAUUUAUACAAAAGGAUAUUUCCUAAAUGGAAUUAUGAGGAUUGCAUUAUAUCUUGUGAAGAUAACAAUGAGAGCAAAAAAAUGGAAGAAUAAUUAGUUUCAAUAAAUUCUUAUUAAUUUGAAAAAAUUCUUAUUUAU